GUCGGGGUUAUGCUGAGUCGCAGUGAGAGGGUCUCCCACUCUGGUCGUGUUCAGUUUGGAAGCCCACUCUCUGUUUUUCUCAGGAAUUUCUUGACUUUCAGUUCGACAGCAGCCACAGAAUGUCGUCGGGGUCUGGUCUGUCACACCGUUGUCGGACGGGUAGUAUGACGCAUCCCCCAGUUCUGUCACUCUCUCGGAGUAGAAAUAGUGUGGACCUGACUAUAAGCUUUUCUGACCUGAGGAUUGUUCUGCUGGGGAAGAACAGCUCAGAGAUCAGCAGAGUGGGAAACUCCAUCCUGGGUAGAGACGUAUUUGAUACUGAAGGUCCUCCUCCUUUAGUAGAGCAGCACAGUGAGAGAGCCAGAGGAAAGGUGGAGGGAAGAUACAUCACCGUCAUCAACACUCCUCACCUGUUUGAUCCUGACCUGUCCGUGUAUCAGAUCACAGUGCGGAUUAAAGAAUGCACGUCUCUGUGUUCUCCUGGACCUCAUGGUGUUGUGCUGGUUCUACAGCCAGAUGACUUCACUGAGACAGACAGCAGCCGAAUGGAUCACAUCCUCAGCUCUCUGUCUGAGGAGGCCCAUAAAUACACCCUGGUGCUGACCACACAGAACAAAGCAGCUGGAGCCAGUGCAGGUCCAGUUCAGGAGAACAUCAUACAGAAAGUCAUCACAAAAUACAGUAACAGACAUUUAGAGUGGAGUAAGUGUAGCUGUGCUACGUUUGUGGAAAUUAUAGAAAAGGUGGUUGAAGAGAACAGAGGGAGCUUUGUCUGUGAGGAAUUUGAGGAUGCCCCACUUACUUUAGAACAGAAAUGGUCUGAGCAAGAAACAGAAGUGGAAGAGCUUUAUCAUAUAAAAGGGCAAGAGCAUGAAGAAACAGAAGAACUACAAGAGUAUGACCAAACAGAACUGAAGGAACAUGAAGAGAUAAAACAGCUGCAUGAACAUGAUCCAACAAAACAGCAAGGAAUUGAAGGUGAUCUACCUCGACAGAAGCAAGAGAAAACUAAAACAACUCUAAUGACCAGUGUGACCAAACAUUUCAGUAGUAAAUAACAAUGAUUUACCCCCUCUAGUUAUACUUCAUCCUCCUAACCUUUCACUUAUGAGAUCCCCCAAAAGUGAAACUCUGUUGUUUGUUGUCUAUAUGCUCAACCUUGAUAACAUUAUACAAUAUUUCAUACAUAGAUUUUCUUUAGCACUAAAUCUAUUAAAAAUCUACCUGUGAAAUGCAAAGAAAACAAAACAAAAAGCCCUGAAACAAAUGUAUGAAACUUUGUGAAAAGUUGUGACAAGACAAAAUAAUGUCCUUGGUUCCAAAUGAAACACUCAGUUAAUAUGGUCCUAAAGCACUACUCCAGUGAUAUAGCUGUCUUCCUCUAUGGACAGCAGUAGCGUUGCAAAGGUACUGACACCAUAUUGGUAUUGGCACUAAUACUGGUACUUAAACACAGUGUUGGGUAUUAGUGAUGAGGAUACUGAUACCUGUGUCUGAUACCACAAAGCAGUUUCUGACGUGCACAUGCUCUGCUAAGUGUUGCAUGGAUUCUCACAAGUAGAUAGAAUUUAACAUCAUGUUGGUGGUGUGGGUUGACAAGCAGCAGUAAAAAUGGCAAAUUUGUAACAGCAGUAAGUAGUGGGUAUACUGGUCAGAGGUUCCCCUAAGGUAUUGCUUUCACCAGUAUGCAACAGAUAUGCCAUUUAACAACAAACAAACCGUGUAAACAUUCCGUUAGCUCUGUCUAGGUGGUGCAAAACAGCUGUUAAUGACGGUGUAUAUGAUGUUAAUGCAUACUAAUCCCCAGCAUGCCUGGCCUUCGGAGAUAUAAUAUGAUUGUAUGAGACAAAUGACUUUGGAUUUGGAAUUUGGAUGUGAAACAACAUCACAAUCUGUUUUUAGCAAUCUAGAAAGGAUUAAAUCCUGUCUUAGCCACUACACUGCUCAAUCAGUUUUACCUGUUUUAUCUUCAGGUGUCUACACAACUGCAAGUCCUGUCUAGCAUGCAGUUGCCCUCCGUUUCUACAAAAGCAGGUUUUGGUCCAGAAUUCUGCUGCUUGCCUUCCCAAUAAUACAUAGUCCUAGCAUGACAUUGCACCUGUUCUCCAAAACCUUCACUGCCACCCUGCAGAAUAUCACACUGAUUUCAAGGUUCUCUUGCUCAUUUAUAACUGCUGCUUUAUAACCGUCUGUCUAACCUCUACAGUCUUGGUAAGUGAGUCUGCUCUAAUAUUACUGCUGUCUAUGUAAAUUCCCAUGUCUUUUAUCAGACAGCAUCACAGUCUUUCCACAUUCAAAUCUUAUGGUAGAAUGUUUAUCCCAAGCACCCACCACAAUCUACCCUCGACUUAAAAACAAGUGCAUUUAUGAUACUUUUAAUCUUCAUUCUAUCACUUCCUGUGGCUGAACUUGUUUGCCUGCUGUUUUUUAUGUACAUCAUACAGCAGUGUUGGCAGCAACUUCAAAACAAAUAAUGUUAGUUUAAAUUUUGCAAUAUGGGAGAAUGUUCAUCACUCUUAUUUGGCAAUAAAUGUUAUAAAAAAUAUCCACAUUGUAAAAGCAAUGUUAAUUAUACUAAUAGUCUUGGUGUCUUGGAAAUUAAAAACCUCUUUAUUUUUGCUAA